GGCGGUGGAGAGGUCUGGAAUCGCAAAAGAUGUUAGUGAAUUGAUAGGGAAUACUCCAUUAGUAUAUCUCAACAACGUCGUGGAUGGCUGCGUGGCCCGUAUUGCUGCCAAGCUAGAGAUGAUGGAGCCUUGUUCUAGUGUUAAGGAUAGGAUUGCGUAUAGUAUGAUCACUGAUGCAGAGAAAAAGGGCCUCAUUACACCAGGGAAGACUGUCCUCGUUGAGCCAACUAGUGGUAACACUGGCAUUGGGUUGGCCUUCUUGGCAGCAGCUAAGGGUUACAGGCUUAUCAUUACAAUGCCUGCUUCGAUGAGUCUUGAGAGGAGGAUGGUUCUCCUAGCUUUUGGAGCUGAAUUGGUCCUCACUAAUCCAGCUAAGGACAUGAAGGGGGCUCUUGAGAAGGCAGAGGAGAUUUUAGCAAAUACACCCAAUGCUUUUUCGUUAAUGCAGUAUGAAAACCCUGCCAAUCCCAAGAUUCAUUAUGAAACAACUGGACCAGAGAUCUGGAAAGCUACAGCUCAGAAAAUCGAUGCCUUUGUUUCUGCUAUUGGUACAGGUGGUACAAUAACUGGUGCGGGGAAAUUUUUCAAAGAUCAAAACCCUAAUAUCAAGCUAUACGGUGUGGAACCAACUGACAGUGCAAUUAUUUCUGGGGGAAAGCCUGGUGAGUGA